UGUAAAUUGGCCAACAUGCAAGUAUUUUAUGUUUUGUUAUGAGUUUAUAAAUAUGCCUUCACAGCCCUUUUUAUUUUUCCCAUACUUUGGCAAAAAAACUAUCCCCUUUGUUGAUUUUUAAGGUUUGAAAUGGCGGUUGUUGUUAUAAUUUUCCUUGAACUUCUGUUAAAGAGCCACGCCUUGGCUGCUGCUACCGGUGGAUUGACGUUUGAUAUCGUCAAUCUUGGAGCCAAGCCGGAUUGUAAGACUGACGCUUCUCAUGCGUUGCAAUCUGCAUGGGCUCGUGCAUGCGCCUCUAAAGUUGCGUCUACUGUUUAUGUGCCCAAAGGAAGAUUCUACGUUCAAAGUGGUAACUUUAUCGGACCUUGUAACAACAAUUCUAUCACCUUUCUCAUCGAUGGCACACUUGUGGCUUCUUCGGAUUUUACGGUUCUGGCCAAAUCAAGAACCUGGAUUUCUUUCUCACAUAUAAAUGGACUUUCCAUUUAUGGGGGUGUUCUUGAUGGCCAAGGAACUACCUUGUGGGCUUGCAAAAACUCAGGGAUCAACACUUGCUCUCUUGGCGCAACGACAUUGGAAGUUUCAGAUUCACAGAACAUACUGAUCAAUGGAUUAUCUUCAGUUAACAGCCAAAUGUAUCACAUUGUUGUGUAUGACUGUCAAGACGUGAAGAUUCAAGGAGUGAAAGUCUUAGCUGCUAGCAAUAGCCCCAAUACUGAUGGCAUUCAUGUGGAGAGAUCAUCGAAUGUCGCCAUUCUCAAUUCAAACAUUAGCACCGGGGACGACUGCAUCUCAAUUGGCCCCGGAACUUCCCACUUAUGGAUGGAAAGACUUGCAUGUGGACCUGGACAUGGAAUCAGCAUUGGGAGUUUGGGGAAGUGGUGGGAAGAGGCUGGAGUGAAAAAUGUGACAUUAAAAACAGCUCAUUUCAAGGGAACAAUGAAUGGAGUGAGGAUUAAAUCUUGGGGAAGGCCAAGCAAUGGGUCUGCAAAGAACAUUCUUUUUCAACACAUUGUUUUAGACAAUGUCACCAACCCUCUCAUCAUUGAUCAAAAUUACUGUCCACAUAACCAAGGCUGUCCCAAUCAGGCUUCUGGAGUGAAGAUUAGUAAUGUAACAUAUAAAGACAUCCGUGGAACAUCAGCUACCGAAGUAGGUAUAAACUUCGAGUGUAGCCCUGCAAGGCCAUGCAACCAAAUAAGAUUGGAAGAUGUAAAGUUGAUAUUCAAGGAUCAAAUUGCCCAAGCAUGGUGUGAAUAUGCAACAGGAACUACCUUGGGUCUAGUUCAACCUUCUAAUUGCUUAGUAUAGGAAAUAUAUAAUUCAUUUUAUAUAUGUUCAACAAUAUUAGUAUUGGACAGUGAAUGUAAUUUCAUAUCUAGAAUUGAAAAAACGUAAGGUGUUAGAAUCAAUUUCUCAUUAUAUUUAUUUUAACCAAAGCUUUAAAACUACAUGAGUUCUAUAUCAUCUAUGUAUUUUAUCGUUUUUCCUUUUUUAUGUUUUAUAUACUUUCAAAACAUCUAAAUUAAAAUUAGAUUCAUUUACAAUCAAUUUUAAUGUCAAGCAUUCAUUAGUUUGAUGUUUGAAUUUUU